GGCGCGGGGCAGGCCGGGAAGGGGAGAGGAGCGCCGCCGGUGCCGUCGAUUGCGGAUGACGUAUUUCCGGGCCGCCGGGAGGCGCGGGAAGUUUGACUGCGCGCUCUGCCGGCCGGCCGGUUGCCCGGGCGACAGCGUUCUGCAGGAACCCGAGGAGGCCGGCCCAAGUCUGAGAACCAGGGAGGGCCGUCUUGCCUUUUGCGCUGCAACUUUUUCCUUCCUCGCCGAAAGUUGGGGGUGAAAAUGGAAGGCCCUCCCGCUUCCUCAAGGCAAGGUGUCUUAUCCCACCUGGAAAACCUGGAAGCUCAUGCCCAUAAAGCAGGGUUGAAACAAGGGGAAACCAGAGAACAUCAGGAGAAUGCAGUCAGGCUGAAAAUGAGGAUCCAGGAGCUGAGAUGCCAGAGAGAUGAACUGAGGGCCAAACUGAAUAUGUGUCGUUCUCAGCUCGCCAGGAGCAAAAACACCACCAAAAGUGGCCCACAGACUUCCCAGGCGACAGAGACCAGCAAGCAAGCCCUCUUGGAAUGGAAGAUGGAGAAUGUCAAGGGGCUGCUGCGUGUCUUUCACCUGACAGGCCUCAGCGGGAAACUGACCAAGCAGGGGGCCUGUCUGUGCAUCAGCACCGCCUUUGAAGGCACCUACCUGGAUUCCUAUUACCUGGACCUCCUUCUGCAGCAGCCAGUCCGGAUUCAGCACCACUCAGUCCCGGCCUUCAUCCCCUUGGAGCAGAUAGCUCAGAAGUAUUUGCAGGCAGACAUCAAGCGUUUUUGCUCUGUGCUCUCUGACCACCUGAAUGCUUUCGCUGGGAGGAAAUUCCAGGCAGAUCAGUUGCAGGAGGGUUUUGCUGCUUUUCUUGAAGGACCCUUGCAAGGAAACUCCUUGUACAACCUGCUGGAGUUUAACUACAGUCUGGAAGGAGAGGGCAGGACGUUUCUGUUUACAGCAAAGCUAGUGUAUGGAGACCCAGUGCGCAUCCUCCCAACUGAGGCUACGGUGACAUGUAAAGAAACAGAUGAUGCUCCGGCGGCUGUGUCAGAAAUUGCAGCUGCUCAUAUGGCCUUUUUCCGCGAGAAGCCCCUUCAUGAGGCCUUCAGCUCCAUCAUAGACUUGACAGCAAACCUGAGCCAAGCAGUUUCUCUCGCCUCUCAGCCUCCACCUUCUCUGUAGACCGCCGAACGAGGGACAUCUCUCAGUCAUGGAGAAUAACAGGUUGUUCCUACUCGGCAAACCUCUCUCUCUGCUGUCUGAAGGGCUGCCUUCAGCAUGACUGGAUGCUCCUUAGGAAGGCUCUCUAGUUCUAAAGUUUACUACUAGCUAGUGAAAAAGUGUCUGUUUUCAAACAUUGUACUUGAGGCAAGGACUAGUGAAACUGGUCGGAUUAACUCAAGCACAGUCUGUCCAAAUGGGGCAAAGUGGGACUGGCCACUUGUUCACAUUUGGACCCACAUCAUGAGAGUGCUCCUUGGGCCUCUUUCUUGCCUGCCAGGAUUCCUCUGCAGGGGCUCACAAUGGGCAUAUGCGGCAGCAUUUGCUUUGUAAGUGCUUCUGCUUUUCUAGGACUCUUACGAUGUCCUGUUAUGUUGCUUUUACAAUAGAGACUGCCCGUCUUGAUUCUGUAGCAAUUUGAGAGGGCUCUUGGGCAUGGGGGCAGCGAUUAGAGCAGCUCUUUUCACAACCUAGGCACUUUAUCCACAGAGAACAGGGCUUGAACUGGGACAUGCUUAGUCAGAACAGGCGGUUAAAAAGACACCUCCAAAGCAGCUAGUGAUGGAGCCAGUUUUAAAGCUAGCAAGACAUUGUGGAAAACCUUUAUUGUGUGAUGUUGGCCUUCAGUCUCUUUAUUAAAUAAUUCUACUAAUGUAUACAUCAUAACUUUUAAUAGUACAUUCAAACACAAAUUAAAUUGUUUGUAUGUUCGUGGGAAGCAAUAAUAAAAGCAGGUUUAAUUGGAAGGCUGGCCAUGAACAAAUUCAUAGCAUUAAAGUGUUGCAAAGCACAUGCUUAUUUACAAUGCAUUGUUGUUUAGAAAAGUUAAUAAGUAGCAUCCAAGUUAACUUAGGGAGGGAGGGAAUUCUUUAUUUGGCUGACUUGCCAGAUAAUGACUCGGCCGGGGAUGUGUCUGUUCCCUAAAUGGGGCUUCUGAACUGCCCUCAGGGGCCUGUGUGUCCCCACUGCCACUACCCCAAACCUCUGACCAAGUCUUCCUUCCAAAAGAGUCUGCCGCUUCUUCACAGACUGGGCACAGCUUCUGUGUAACAUGCCAGGCUCUCCCCAUCACCACCUCCAGGUUCACUUCGGCUGCCUACUGCUGCCACAAGAGUUUAAAUGAAGUCCUUGGUGGGGAGGGGGGUGUUUCUCUUCUUGUACUUUCUGCACAUUUUGGCUCUCUUUCAAGGUCUGCUGUUUGCUGUUCAAUAAUACAACUUGAUUAAAACUCCAAUGAUAGUCA